UUCAUGUCUUUGUACAGUUAUCCCGGCAGCCUUUGAGGGAAUCACAGACCGCUUCAUUCUCAUCAUCGUGUGGGCCCCUCUCGUGGACCAAUUUUUCGUCUACCAACGUCUCGCUGGGGUGGGCUCUGUGUCCGUCGACCACUACACCGACCCGCAGACAAGCCAACCCUGUUUGGCCAUAGCCAACCAUAAGGCCGUGGUCUCUGGUAAUGUGACCUCCGAGGUCCAAUCAGCAGUGUACUGCAUGGAGUUUGUGGCAUCUGGUUUCAACCACAACAACGUCAUAAACACUCUGGGAGCUGUCAAGAUUCAUCCCUUCGUCUACGAGGGCAUCCUUCAUCUGGCUGUGGCUAACCGACUGGACACAUCAAAGAGAACCUUCAUGGUAGAGUCAGCUAUCUGGGGUGACUUUUUCAAGGAAGUAGUCAUCACCACGACCGCUGCAGCAGACGUGGCUGUCAUGGAGUUCCAUGGGACCUACUUUGUGGCCUUUGCCAAUGAAUUUGAGGGUCAGUUGGAGUUUGAAAACUAUGACGUGCCUGUUUCUAUAUACACCUAUGUCUAUGAUGCUGAUGGUGAAUCUCAGGUAGACCUCUGGCAAGAGCUCCCUGCUUUCCGAGUCAAGUCCUUGGAGUUUGUGGUGCUCCACGACCAGCUCUUCCUGGUGGUCAUCAACCGAACCAGCACAGUGAAUAUCUUCCGCUACGAGGGCAUGCAAAAGUUUCAGGUCAUCCACACAAUUCCGCUAGAAGGAGCUAUGGAUGUUUCCAUCUACCCUUUCAAGAACGACCCAGAAAUCAUCCACAUGGCUGCCAUGGCAUAUGGCGUACGACCCACUCUCUUUGCCAACGCUCAAGUCAGAACGAAAAAUGUUGAUUCAAUUAUUUUCCGGUUCUUCUUUGAUGGUUUCAAGACGGACACAACAGGUUGCAGUCGUCCUUUUACCGGUAUAUGAAUAUUUUGUCCUACUCCAAAAUGCUGUAGUACAGAUCUUUGAUGUUCACUGAGAUCUUUCAAGGCCAAACUUGUGUGAAAUGGUAGCUUAUAGCAGACACACACACAAAAAAAAAGAGAAAACCUGAUGGUAUGAUAUCACAAUUCAUUUUGUUUGGAUUAUUAUGUCUUAAUAUUAAAUCGUUAUGAUACACACAAACAAAAUUCAAGCCAUUUGAGCAUACAAACCCUUACAGAUUAACAGUUUGAUUCUGACUGAGCAAUGUUUUCUACUUAGAAGAAGUUGGCUUGGAAUGACUUGCUAAUGUGUCUUUGCUUAACGUUCUCUUUAAAUGGCAUGUAUUCAAAUAUAAUAGAGGUUUCAGUCAACAUUCCAAUUUUGUUGAGACAUGGACAGUUAUUCAGUAAAAUCUUAUAUCUGUGUAGAAAUCCAAACUCUUUCUUUCUCGUGUUAUAAAAUAUUCAAAAUAUUUGCAUGGUGAUAGUAGAGUCUAAAAUUGGCAAUCAAAUUGUCAUGAUAUCUGAUUAGCUCAAAGCUCUUGUUCUUUAUCAAUUAAAAAAAAUGACUUUGCUGAUGUGAGAAUUUGCUCUAAGCCUGAUUAUUAUCUGUCCCAUGUAAAAGUAUGCAUCUAGCAAAAAUUGUAAUUUAAUGAAUAUUGAUACCUUUCUACUUAAAGUGAGAAUGGAUGCACCUUGCAAUACAUGUAAUAAUAUUAAAUAGUGAUGACAAUUUGAUUGUCUUAUUGAGUUUAUAGUGAGUAUGGUAUUAGUGCAUGACUUGCAAAGUAUGUUCAAUCCAGAAAUAUUUCAUUUUGUUGCC